GACCAAACCAAACCCAGGAGUAAACCGGUUAUUUAGUUCGCUAGAAAUCCAAACCAGAGAAAUUGCUGAUUUCUUCUUUUCUUUUUCUUUUCGCGGUUGGGAUUUUAUGAUCUCUCCGAGCGAAAUCAAACAUUCCGACGUCCGUAACAGUAUCCACCGCUGCCUAAACCGUCUCUCCCCGCCAAUCUGACCUGAUACCUUUUUCUACUCGCUGGCAUCGUUGAGAGAUUGGUCAACUAGUAACUCUCUAAAAGCAAAGAUGGGAGAAAUGAUUGUUUCGCUGGACCAAGAUAUCCGACUGGAUACAACACGAGCAAGAUUCUCGAAUCUUCUCAAGAGGCACCGAGAAUUGACAAACCGUCUUACUAGGGAUUCUGAUAAGACAAUAUUUGAUCGCUUAAACAAAGAAUUUGAAGCUGCACGGGCAUCCCAAAGCCAGGAAGUCUGCUUAUAUGGGGAAGAGUGGAAUGAUGGUUUGUUGGCCACAUUAAGGGAACGGGUGCAUAUGGAGGCUGAUAGAAAGGCAGAUAACGGUAAUGCAGGUUUUGCAGUAGCAUGUCAUCCUGAAGAAAGAGUUACUUACAGAGUGGGAAAUAAGAUGAUAUGUUGCCUAGAGGGAGCGAGAAUUGGAAUACAGUAUGAAACAUCGACUGCAGGAGAAGUUUAUGAGGUUUACCACUGUGUGCUUGAGAGCAAGUCGUUUUUGGAGAAGAUGACUGUACUUGAGCACACAAUUCCUUUCUUUUUGCCAAUACGUGACUUGGAAAAUGAUCUUUGUUCGAAUGCUAAGAAAUUCAUCGAUAAUGUUGGGGAACUCCUGCAAGCAUAUGUGGAAAGGAAGGAACAGGUUAGGCUUAUGAACGAGCUCUAUGGGAACCAGAUCAAUGAGCUUUAUAACAGUCUUCCUUACCACAUGGUUGAAUUUGCCGUAGAUGAUUGUGAAUGCAAGGUGAUGGUAAGCCUGAGAUAUGGAGAUCUUAUGAGUGAACUGCCGACAAAAGUGAGGGUUCUAGUUUGGCCAAUGCAUCAUCAGUCGAAGAAACAUUGUACAAGCCCUGGGAGUCAGACAAUUCCUGUGCGUUUAUCUUUUGCCGAGGAUGCUUUGCGGAUCCAAUCACUACCUGAAGCAUACGCAGAGAUUAUGGUAAACCUGCCACAAGAAAUUGAGCAAAUAUUUCAGUAGAGGAGUCCGUGGAAAAAGCUGGAGCUGUGUCUAAUAAACUUUCUAUUUCUGUUGCUGCUUCCUUGUCUGAUGUUGUGAUUCUUCAUUCAAAAUGUUAAAAUAGUGAUAUGAAGAAGAGUUCUUACAGAAUGGAUUUUGUAAUUGGAUUAGACUAUUAGUAAUUGGAAAUGUUGAUGCUCGAAACAGAAACAGAUAAAUGAAGUUUUGGUUUGUCUA